AUGAGUUUGCUGGACGAUUUAAUUUUUGCAUCCGAUCAAUUGGUUGAAUUUUAUGCGGCCUUUAAGGCAAAACCAGCCACAGCUCAUUCGGUUUCGUUGCUCGAAGCAUUUCAAAGCGAAUUAAAAAGUUUAUGGCAAGACGUUAAGUUUGCCUAUGCGCGAUGCAUACGAGGCGACGAAGAUCUUAAAGAUUCACUAAGCGAAGUUAAAGCAAAAUAUCAAAGUUCCUCUUCAACGUUCUUUCAAUGUUCAAGUGACAUUGCGGAUUUAGUAAAAGCACUUAAUGCAAAUCCUAAGGUUUCUAUUGAUCCAGUUGAUAUUAAAAAUUUGCAAAGUAGUAUCAACGAUGCUUUGAUCGCACUACAGUCGUACGAUAUCCAAACCGAUGCGUGGAAUGCAAUCAUUACUUUUCUUUGUGCAUCUCGUCUCCCAGAUACGACACUUAGUCUAUGGGAAACAUCUUUAAGCAAACCAACCGAAAUUCCUUCAUGGGAAACUAUGAAUACGUUUUUAACAAAUCGGUAUCGCAUACUUGAGAGUGUUUCUGAGAUGAAACUAAACUCUCAUAACAAAACACAAAGCACUAAACCCGUAACAUCACAAGUUACUAAAUCAAAACCACUAAGAAACUUUCAUAUGAAAGUCGUUCCUGCAUGCCAACAUAAUCACAAUCUUAAUCAAUGCAAAAGCACUAGCACCUGCCAACGAUGUAAAGGCAGGCAUCAUACGUUACUUCAUUUUGAAAAAAAGGUUCCAUCCUAUAUUGGUAACUCACAAAAAAAUUCGACUUCUUCAUCUUCACUUCACGGUUCUUCUUCACUUCACAAUUCUUCUUCACUUCACGGUUCUUCUUCACUUCAUGGUUCAUCUUCACUUCCUAAUUCAUCUUCACUUCCUAGUUCAGCUUUAUAUUCUGAUUCACCUUCAUCUUCGGGCAUUCCGCCACCACAAAGUAAUAAUUCAACUAUACAGUCCACUCAGAUCACCAAUCAUAACGUCAUGUUUACUAAGUCUUAUCGCCAAGUUUUAUUGGCAACAGCUUUAGUGAAGAUUAAACAUCAAGGUUCAGAAUUUGAUCUUAGAGCCCUUAUUGACCAAGGCUCUGAAGUUUCAUUCCUGUCAGAAAAAUUCCAAAAGCUCAUAGGUCUUCCCACUGAAAGUACUCAAGCCAAUAUAUGUGGUAUGGGUUCAACUGUUACUGCUUCCGCUUCAAAACUUUGCAAUUUUACUCUUAAGUCUAACUUAAAUAAUUUUGAAAUAGAGACUCGAGCAUUAGUUUUGAAAAAACUCACUAGUAAUCUUCCAGCAGUAUCAAUGGAUCUUGAUCAAACACACUGUAAUUUUAACUUUCCGUUGGCAGAUCCUUUCUUUUAUCAGAGUUCAAGUAUUGAUAUGCUCAUCGGAGCAGAUCUUUAUCCAGAUAUAGUUUUGGAAGGGGUGAAGAAAAAUGUUUUAAAUUCUUUAUUAGCACAAAACACAGUUUUUGGAUGGGUCUUACUCGGUCCUUAUGACGAUAUUCCCACCAUUUCAAAUUUUUCAACUUUUGUCUCGUAUAGUGACGAGCCUCCACCAAGUCACUGUAUUGAAAGAUUUUGGAAAAUCGAGGAAUUACCUCAAAUUUACUUACUUUCUCCAUCCGACCAAUAUUGUGAAGAUUUAUAUCGAAGUACAACUUUUCGAGAUGCAACUGGAAGAUAUAUUGUUAAAUUACCCUUUAAGAAUCCUACGGAGGAACCGCAGUUGGGCACUUCACGUUUCAAUGCAAUGAAACAAUAUCUUCGAAACGAAAAAAGUUUAAUGUCUAAGCCCACUGUUAAAACAGAAUACGAUAGAGUCCUUUCUGAGUAUAUUGAAUUAGGUCAUAUGUCAUCCACGCCACCUUAUGAAUUGUGGAACGAUGGUUGUGUUCAAUCUUUUUAUAUGCCACACCAUGCUGUUCUAAAGCCCCAAAGUACCACUACAAAACUGAGGGUCGUUUUUAACGCAUCUUGCUCAUCCUCCAAUGGCAACAGCCUAAACGAUCUUUUGUAUCCAGGCCCCGUUCUUCAAAGUGACAUUACGUUGCUCCUUCUUAACUGGCGUUUCUAUAGAUACGUUUUCAACGGUGAUAUUGAGAAAAUGUACCGCCAAAUUGGUAUUCAUCCUGACCAUGCACAAUAUCAACGCAUUUUAUUCCGUCCCAAUGGGGAUCAAAAGGUCGUCGAUUACAAUUUAAACACUGUCACCUUCGGAGUAAAUUGCGCUCCAUAUCUCGCAAUACGCACUCUUCAUCAAUUAUCAUCCGAUGUUGAAGCCAGUUUUCCUUUGGCUUCCAAAAUUCUUAAAAAGGAGUUUUACGUGGACGAUGUCCUUUCUGGCGCUCACGAUAUUUUAUCAGCACGUAGAGGACAGACGGAACUUAUAACGGCUCUGCGAUCCGCUGGAUUUAACUUAAGAAAGUGGGCAGCUAACGAUUCUGAAUUAUUAAAUCAUAUUCCCAGGGAAGAUCUUUUAAACAAAGAUUUCUUAACUAUCGAAGAUGACAGUUCAACAAAAACACUUGGUGUUCAAUGGAACGCCUCCACUGACACUUUUUCCUUUUCAACCAACCCACAAAGUUUAUCCGUGGUUUAUACAACCAAACGCGAUGUUUUAUCAGCCAUCUCAAGAUUGUAUGAUCCUGCAGGUUGGCUUGCACCCGUUGUUGUAACUGCGAAGAUAAUUAUGCAACAAAUUUGGAAAGAUGGAACUGAGUGGAAGCAAAAUCUUAAGCCUCUUACCCAUCAAAAAUGGAAAUCUUUUAUAUCCGAUUUCUCGGAAAUAGAAAAAAUCACUAUUCCUCGUUGGGUGGAUUAUUCCCCUUGGAAAAAAAUGCAACUCCACGGUUUCUCGGAUGCCUCCGAAAAAGCUUAUGCGGCCACCGUUUAUGUUCGGGUCCGUCAUGAUUCUUCGUUAGUUACUUCUCAUUUAUUAUGGGCCAAAUCUAAAGUUGCGCCUGUUAACACACUUUCACUUCCACGCCUUGAACUCCAAGGUGCAUAUCUUUUGUCACGUAUGAUUCGAAUACUACUCAAUCAAUUUGAUUUUUUAAACAAUAUCCCUAUUCAUUUGUGGACUGAUUCCACAAUUGUUCUUGCGUGGCUUAGCAAACCACCAAGUACUUGGAAAACGUUUGUUGCUAAUCGAACUUCAGAAAUUAUAACUAACGUUCCUGAUGUUCAAUGGAGUCAUGUUCCCUCUGCUGAUAAUCCCGCCGAUUUGGCGAGUCGUGGUAUCUCCCCUGGAGAACUUAAAUCAAAUCAAUUAUGGUGGACCGGACCUAAUUGGUUACAAGAACCAAAAUUAAACUGGCCCUCACUUAAGGAACAUGAUCCUCCAGAUGAAUCAAUCCUUGAACUUAAAUCAAUUUCAAAACACGUUAAUGUUGCACUGCAAAAAAUCGAAUUCGAAAACAAAAUUUUAAACAGAUUUUCUUCAUGGCAUAGAGCGCUCCGUGUAAUGAGCUAUGUAUUUCGUUUUCGUGAAGCAGCUCGUAAAGUUCCAAAUAGAACCGAAUAUCAUACGAUAUCCCUUUCUCAUGAAGAGAUCAAGUCUACAAAAACAAAAAUUAUCCAAUUAACUCAAAAACAGUAUUUUGGAGGUGAAUAUUUUGCCCUCGUUCAAGGAACAAAAGUACACUCAAAAAGUAAAAUUUUAUCACUUAGCCCGUUUCUUGACUCCAACCAGGUAAUACGUUCUCAAGGUAGACUUGCAUGCUCAACUUUAUCAUACAAUGAAAAAUUUCCUAUCAUUGUUCCCUAUAAAUCUUAUUUGUCACAUCUUAUUUUAUCUUAUAUUCAUCAAUUGUCGUUACAUGGUGAAAUCCAAUUGAUGACUCGUUUGGUGCGUUCCGAGUAUUGGAUACCCAAACUAUCAAACCUGAUCAAAAACUUUAUUCGAAAGUGUAAACCUUGUGUUUUAUACAAAAAAUCUGUCCAGGCUCAAUUUAUGGGUGCCUUACCGGCAGAAAGAACAGUUUUAAGCUUACCAUUCACCAACACUGGCAUUGACUUUGCUGGUCCCUUCACAAUUCAAAAUUUCUACGGAAGAAAAUGUCGUCUAGAAAAGGGCUACGCAUGUCUCUUUGUCUGCUUCGCCACAAAGGGUAUUCACUUGGAAGCAGUCAGCGAUUUAUCCGCUGCUGCAUUCUUGGCCGCUUUUACACGCUUUGUUUCUCGUCGUGGACUGCCGGCAACAGUGUUUUCCGAUAACGGAACAAAUUUUGUAGGGGCAUCUAAGUUGCUCAUUGCAGAUCUGCAGAAAGCUGUUCAAAGUUAUCCUGCUGACUCAGCACCCAAUUUUUCAAAAAUCACUUGGAAAUUUAUUCCUCCUGGCUCCCCACACAUGGGUGGUUUGUGGGAGGCAGGGGUGAAAAGUUUCAAAACUCACUUCAAAAAAAUAGCCGGCAACGCAAAAUAUACCUUCGAAGAAUUUUCGACCCUACUUACUCGAAUCGAGGCAUGUCUCAACUCUAGACCUUUAACUCGAAUGUCUGAUAAUCCUGAAGACCUACUUCCAUUAACUCCAGGGCACUUUUUACGGGGUGGUCCUCUACUUAGUCCCCCUGAGCCUUGUGAAUCUCAAAAGAACAUUUCCUUUAUGCGAAGAUGGAACACUCUCAAAGUUAUUCAUCAUAAAUUUAGUUUGCGUUGGAAGGAAGAGUAUUUAAAAGGGCUCAUGAAUCGCUAUAAAUGGAAAUAUCCUCAAAGGGAUAUCGCAGUGAAUGAUCUAGUCGUUUUGAGAAAUGAGCAGCUUCCACCGAAUGAGUGGCGGCUUGGUAGAGUCUUAAAGGUCUACCGUGGUCCCGAUGAUAGAGUACGCGUUGCUGAUGUUAAAACCCAAAAAGGGGUUGUUACUCGUUCUGUCGUCAAACUGUGUAUUUUGCCUUCGGACUGA